AUGCCUACACAAGGCUUUGUAUUUACAUACCUAUGUGCUGUUUUGCUUAUAAGUGGAAGAUGUCAAAAAUCUGAAUCAAUGAGCAGUUCAAGUGGAUCUGUCAUAUUUCAUGGUGCUAAUCAAUAUGACUUCUCUAUCGUCGUUGACGGUGGUGGACAGGAAUGUUUCUGGCAGUAUGCAGACCAAAAAGGCUACUUUUACUUCAGUUAUGAGGUUCAAUGGGUAAUGGGACUACAGAAAGACAGAACCAUCACUGCCACAAUUAAUGCACCCGAUGGAGGUUUGAUAGACACAUCUAGUGAAACAAGUGGACAAAUCAACUUCAAAACAACUCAGUCGGGUUUUUAUCAACUUUGCUUGAACAACUUCUUGUCACACUUUGGAUCAAAGCAGAUCUUUAUUAGUUUUGGAACUUACUAUGAUUUUGAUGAAGAAAAGGAAACAGUAAAUAAAGUAAAUGUUCAUCUGAAUGACACAGUGUCAGCUAUUCAGGAAACAACUAUCGAAUUGCAGAACUAUGUUUUCCAUAUGUGGAGAUACUAUAAUUUUGCCAGGAUGCAUAAAGGAGCUGAUUACUUUGCUGCACUCGCACUCAGCAAUUAUGUAUACCGGUGGUCAUUUACCCAGAGUGUAGUCAUUGUUUUCUCUGGUGUUUUACAGCUUUACUUUCUGAAGCAGCUGUUUGCUUCGACAAAACGUCCACAGGUUCAACCAUCCGUUGCUAUGCCGCGGCAGUACUUCCGGUCAGCUGACCGUUUUCGCAUGACGGUAUUGGAGGAGGCGGAAGUGGAAGCGGCAGCUGAGGUAACAUCGGAGGCCCCUACCAAUUGA